AUGCUGCGACGAUACAACUCGCAAUGUCUCGACACGAUUGUUCUCAGCUCGAAACGCACGACGAUUGGCGCCGGCGACACGUGCGAUGUUGUUGUGAAGGGUCGCGGCAUUUCCAACGUUCACGCUUCGAUUGAAGCGAAUCGCAGCGGGUUUUGGCUUCACGAGCAUUCGCUAGCCGGCAUAACGAAACUCAAUGGCGUCGUCGUCGUCGGACAAGCCGAAUUGCGUAGCGGCGAUCUAAUUCAAUUGGGCGCCGGCGAGACGUUGGUGUUUGAGAGCCAAUGGCUCGCCGGCUCGAGACCCGGCAGCACCAAAACCGCGUCGAUUCGAAAAACCGCCGACACCAACGGAAUUCUGCCGGUGUUGGGGAAGCGUAUCACACCGGUGGCAAAAUGUCGCAACGGCUCGCGGAGCACCGGCGUCUCGAUGCGCUCGUCGGCCUCAUCCACCGAAUCAUCGACGCAUCAAAAUACUCAAAUUCUUUCCUCAAAUCGAUCACUCGGCCAAAAUCUGCUGCAGCGUGUUGUUCGCCUUCAAGCCGAACUCAUUGAACGAGACGAGCGGAUUCGUCAAUUGUCGCAAAUUCCGCCGCCUCGCCAUCUCGAGCCGCUAGUGCCGAUCGCGCACGUCAUACCGCCGCCGCUUAAAAAUUUCGAGCUGACUGCGUAUCGCGCGUUCAUUGGUGCCAUUGCGCAUCAACUCAAAGUGUUCAACGACCGAGCGAUUCGCCAUCCGCAACGCGAAUACGGCGAGGUGUUCACGGCGAUGUGUCGAGCCGCCGACGUGCCGCUGCCGACGAGGCUCGACGAAAUCGAAAAAUAUUGCGAGUCGGUGCUCAUCGACAACGAUUUCGAGGAAGGCGACGCGUUGAUGGAGCGCAUCGAGCGAUUCGUGCGCGAGAGUCGACGCGAGAAAAUUGGCGAUCUCAUCAAAGAGCUCGAAGUGGUGUUGCCGGUGAUUCGCGACGCCGCCGCCAACGCCAAAGAGAACAUCCAAGUGUGCAAUGUGUUCACGCAAUGGAGCCGUGAGUUCGGGGACACGAUUCGGACGUCGAGCUUCACCUCGUCAUUGCUCUUCAAGGCCAUCGAUGAUCUCAAGAAGCAAUUCGCCGACUCGCAUAUGAGCAAACAUUGGCUGCCGCCGAGCAUCACGCCGAUUUUGAGGCUGGCGGCGUUUGAAAUCGAAAAAAUCGAGAAGGGCGUCGAGUCGACGCCGCCGCCGCCAGAAAUGAAAGCGGAGCGCAAGAAAAGCAUCGAUGAGAACUUUGAUUCGUGUAUCUCGCAGAUUGAGACGAUCCAACAUGAAUUAUCGUACCAUUUGUCGAGAUUGGAGCGAAAAAUUAAUGCAAUAGGGACAAUUUCGGCACUCGACGACGGUUCGACUCAACGAAUUCGGCGAUUCGUUGAAGGCUUUCAACAAAACCUCGCGACAUUCGCGUUUGAUGCGAAACCGACGAUUGGACGCACCGAUUCGGUGCUCGUCUUCGAGGUCACCGGCAACGAUAUUGCCAACGAGAUUGCGAGCAGGAAGAAUAGUCGAAUUGAGGCGGCGAGUCCGACGCGAAGCGAGAGAAUCGAGGACGAGAUUGCCGGCAUUAUCGCGAAGGCCAAUCUUGUCGACGACGGCCGCUCGAGCGUCUCAGUCGACAGGAAUGGUCCUAAGGUUUCGAUCGAUAUGCUUCUUUUGAAGAAUUUGAUGGAUUUUGCUCAGAAGUCGCUCAACGAGAAAGAAUCGACGGUGGAGAUUCGCGUGAAUUCGGUGGAAUCCGACGACGGCGCGAUUGAAGAGCCGCAAGAGGGCGUCAAGCCAUUGGAUGGUGAGGAAGAGCGUGUCAACGAGCCGGAUCAUCGAGAUGUUGCUCAACUGGAGCCAUCAGCUCCUUCUGCGGAAGAGGAUCAUGUCGUUGAAGAGCAUGAACUGCGGGAUGAGGAUGAGCAUGAAGGAGAAAGCGAGACUGUGAAGGAAUCUGAAGUUGAUCAGCAAGGUACUGAGAAUUCUGAGGACGAGGUCCACGAAGAUGAAGGUAAAAUCGAGGCAGCGGUUGAGGAGCAAAUUGAGAAGCUGGAGCAGCCUUUGAAUGAAUCUGUGGAGAAGAAGGAGGAGCUGGAAACUGAAACUACUCCAGAUGUUGAGACGCCCCAGGCGGCUGCUAACAACGAUGACAGCCGUCUGGAUCGAGUCGAGGCGUCUCCAGAAUCGCCCGCGCCGCCGCCGCCGCCGGCGAAUGAGACGCAUCUGAGUGAUCCGGACGUCGAAUCGUUCGGCGACACCGCCUCAUUCAACGGCGAUGACGACAACGACGACGACGUGACGCCGACGACGGCGUUGGCGAGCGCUUCGAAAAUCCCAAUCGCCAACGGUUUCACAUCGCAUUAUCGAUCGCACAUGAACACGGCGAAUGGUCGGCCGAAUGUGGUGUAUCAGUACCGCCCGUUGUACUCGCCGCCGAUGAAGCGACGACGGACGAAGAGCGAAGAGUCGCGCGCGAAACAUGCACUCGCCACACGACCGCCUUUCAUCUUGUAUUGA